AUGCAAGACAAGGGUGAUGUUGGCACCGUGCCGAUGUCCUCUAGCUCCUUCUCCACCUUGAGUUUGAUCGACUCGUCGCCCCCAUCGCAGACGCUGACUGCGAAGCAGGAUGGACAAAGGAGACCCCUGAACACUGACUCGUCCGGACUGAACACCGACUUCCUUGUGGCCCAACACAGCAUGCUGACUGCUUUUAUGAGAACUAGAGCUGCUUUUAACAGGUCAUUUCAGUGCGGCUAUAUACCAUCCCCCAGCGAUUUCUUCGGCAAUCUCUUCCCUGGCCCCGAAGUCCUCAGUUUCUCCCCCGCUUCCAACGUUGCCACAGGUGCGUCUUUUCCGGAAAAUUUAAGACGAACAGUAAAGGAGCCCACUUUUAAUCCCGAGGACAAAAGCUCAUCCCAAACCUCACCAUCAACCGAGCACUCGUACCUUUUUCAUCGACCCGAAUUAAGUACUGACUCUUCAUCAACUGGCGCUGACUGUUUGACGCCACAAGAAAUCACUCGAAUUUGUCAAAAUUUGGAAGAUGAUGGAGAUGUCGAACGUCUGUGUCAGUUCAUGUGGUCCCUGCCUAAAAGAAUGGACUUAUGGGAUGUGCUUAAUCGAAACGAAGACAUUUUGCGCGCGAGAGCACUGGUCGCUUUUCACUCACGUAACUUUCGAGAGCUCUACUCCAUCCUAGAAAAACAUACAUUCUCCAAAGUUAGUCAUCCCAAGUUGCAGGCCUUGUGGCUGGAGGCCCAUUAUCAGGAGGCGGAACGGUUGCGCGGUCGUUCCCUCGGGCCUGUGGACAAAUAUCGUGUUCGCAAGAAGUUUCCCCUGCCGAGAACCAUCUGGGACGGCGAACAAAAGACUCAUUGCUUCAAGGAGAGAACUAGAAGUCUGCUGAGAGAAUGGUACCUACAGGACCCUUAUCCGAACCCAUUGAAGAAACGCGAGCUUGCCAUUGCGACGGGUCUGACACCAACGCAGGUCGGCAACUGGUUUAAAAACAGACGACAGAGGGAUCGUGCGGCUGCCUCAAAGAAUCGGUAAGUUGCGCCAGUCCCUUUCUUCCACUUUGAUCUGCAGGAAUAGCAUUUUCGCGUAAAGAAGGUCAGAAAUAGUAACCGGCCGAAACCCAGGAUGGAAGCAAAGUAAUCCAGUUAAAUCGUUAAAUAUUUGCUGAUCGUCGUUGUUUGACUAUAAGAGAUAAAUUGACACAAAAGAUGUGUAGCUCGUCUGUUCCGAUAGUAAAGAAUGACUGGCGUUGCCGUUCAAAAGAAAUUUAGAGAUUUAAGGACUGUCAUUCUCACUUUUAAUCUGCGUAGCAAACAGUUGUACCCAAGCAACGUCAGCUAUCCUAGAACCCCAUAAAAUUUCCCUCUUCCCGUCCAGAUUAGAGCUCGGUAAGAGCUUUUCAGUUUGCCCAUAAAGGGAUCUCAGGUACAGUCUUUCAACCGAAACAAAAAUUGAAAAACGGCAAAAUUCGUGGAUAAACGGUACUGAGUUUAAUCCUUAACGGUUAUGCGUUAUCCUCUUCAAUGCAUUGAAUCCUCCAUGUCCUCCCUUCUCACGAUAUAUUCCCCUGCUUUCACAUAUUACUCCCUAAAAUUAUUUUAUGUGGAUACUUUGUAGCUGAUUUUUCCGGCCUUUAUUUUUGUGUCCAAAUGAUUACCUCUUAAUUACCGGGGGUAAACAACGACUUGAGACACACUUCAUACCAACUCCGGACUAGCAGGUGAUAAGUUAGCCUCUCUCUAUCAUCCGUGACAUACUGAAUGAAUGUCUGUCACCGCAAAAUGUGUCUUCAUUUCUGAAGGCCGAUCAGAGAUUUUCUUGUCCAUAAUUAUCUGAGAAAACAGCAGCACAAGUUGUAGGAAAACUCACUUGACACAUACAAUGAGAAAUCCAGGUGCAUGUACUGCUAUGUUAGGCCAGCGUGCAAUUCCAGGGAAACCGGGCUUGAAUCCCCAUAGUCAAUGUGAUUAAUUAACACGGUUUAGUUCCCCUUUUUCUGUCGAACACUAUCGCAUCCUCCACGUCUUCUGGAGGCUGGGCAUAUCUGUGGCACGAUUGAAAGUUUGCAAACCCUUCGACAAAAGCUUGCUCCUUAAGCUUGCAAAUUCAGAAGAUUAAAGGAUGCUGAUAAGUGCUUCUGAUGGAAGAUGCAAAGUGGACAACAUCGAGGGAAGAAUCGGGGUUUCCAGAAACGGACCCCAAUAAGAUUAGCGAUGGUGAAGAGUCGCAUCUAAUAGAUAAUGGUAAGACUUGCAGAGCUUCGACGCCCGACUUAGGGAAGAAAAGUCGACUCCUCAUGCUAAGGCAAGAAAGCGGUUUGCGGAGACUGACUCCUGUAUGAAAAUGAUCUCCUAUCUCCUAUGACUGACAUGAAAUGCCGAGGCAAGAACAGCUUCUCAGUCCUACGGGUCAACAAUGGGCAGAUGACAUUUCGCGAAACUAUAAGGUAGGGCAACUUUGAAGCUAGUCUCAUAUGCUGGAUAAGUUCUGGGUGCAACAGGGUUAAUACUAUAGAGAUAAGGAAGUGGAUGAAGUAGUCAACCGUCUCGACCUCCCGGCCAAGAAAAUAGAAGAUGGAUGCUCCGUAUGCUGCGAAACCACUGGUGGUCAAGAUGCUAAGUCUUUUUUAUCUAGGUCCUAGGUACGACGAUACUAGAACCAGGGCAGUUUUUUUUCAGAAUGAUCCUCACAUGAUUUAGUAAAGGUCAUUUAGUCCCGAUGCUCAACUGAACAAUAAAUAAUUCCACAUUAGUCAAGAUCUUAAAAGUGAUACCCUAGAUUACUGCAUUUGCACUUGAGUCCAUCUGGAAAAGAGCAAUACUUCACCAGGAUUCAGUUUGCAUAAUUAUGUAGUAUGCCAGUAGUUGAUCGGAAUUUCUACAAGCCAUAACUCCGUUCAUGUCCUUUCAGUGCAGGAGGUCGCCAUUACCUUUCUUAAAAACAGCAUUAUGUAAUUGCUCUUCCGUCUAUCACGGCGAAAUUUUCUGCUAAAAACUUCUCAAUGCGAGAGAUUUGGGGUGCCAAGUAGCAAUAUCGAGCUCCUUGCGUUUAUUAUUACCCAAGAAGGGGACCAACAAUACUCGGUCAGGAGGUAAACACGCCCAUGGACACCACUCGAUCCCCGCAGGUUUGUGUAGUUCGCCUGCUAUCGAAGCAUAAUGGUGGAAUAUCGGUUUCGUCUAUACCAUUUCCAGAUGGGAGGGGGGGAGGUUUUGAAUGUGGUAUCAAAUUACCUUCUCGAAGUCCCCGCCCUCACGGGAAACAAAAUGGGUUCAAACCAUAUGUGCAGUGGUGUGGGUCGAUUCGCGCCUUCCGCUGCCGCCAUGGCAACACUAACCGGCGUAACAGUUGUUUGGCGUUGACAGGCAAAUCGGACAACGUGAUGCCGCAGUGUGAACAGGUCGAGACCAGCAUGCUGGUAUCGAUGGCACCAGUUAAAAAAGGAGAACAGUCAGUUUGAAUUAUUUCCUUUGUAGUUCCCACGUUCAUCAACGUUCUCUUGUACCUGGAAAGAGAGCUUAACUGGAUGUUUGCACGGGGACCCACUUAUGUCUUAGGAUUCGCUCUCAUGCCUCAUCGAAACAGCUAUAAUCACAGUGACAUAUCAUUAUAUGACCUACGUCUUGCCAGAUGGACAAACAAACUGGCCGCCAAGUUUAUUUAGCUUUUUGCUUGGAAAGUGCUGAUGUACUGACUGCCCCAAAAUGAUUCGGAAAGACCCCUAAGCAGCACAGUUCUUAAGGCCUCAAGGAGCCUGUCGAAUAUCUCAGGAUUCAUGAAAAAAAUCGGUUUCCGACUUUAAAAAGUUAUAUUUUUCCUUCCACAACACCAGAAAAUUCCUUUCCAGCCGUUCGCAAUACGGUUGCCAAGGGGAGGUGAACAGGUGCUUAGCUUUUAUUGGCUGACAUUUGUCGUAUCCUCAAUCAGUCCACAGGAAUUCAAUGAUGACAGACAGUCGUCCAUGUUUUAUAGCCCAAGAACGCUAGAUUUCCAACAAAAGCCCUACCUGAAGCAUUUCCCCAGUAUAAAUUCAAAAUAGGUAUAUAUAAAGAGGCAUUUAUUGGUGACAGCCGAUUUCACGAGUGCCUUUUUACUGCCUCCUUACUGCUUGUAACUGUUACAUGCACCGGCGAUUGGCAAAUGGCUCCGUCCGCAAAUGCAAAGACCGUGUCUACCUUAUUGUAGACCCAUUCCCAUUCCUUGUAUCCGAUUAGAUAAUGUCCAGAAAACUGCUUGAAAUGCCUCGACUGCCAUGAAACGGACAAAAUUAAUCCAAAUUAUAAUUCAACAAACGACAGAACCCCCCGUUCAGCAAAAUGGCAAUAUCUUGGCGGUCUACUGGUGACUAUGAUGAACAUAAAGAGUCAUCUUGGAGGACUUAGGUAGCCUUUUUCACCACUGUCUAAGGUGACUGUCUCCAGGCUAGUAAAUGUGCGUUGAACAUGUUUGGCGAAACAAUGAGCUGUGGCAGAGGUGACUUAUCAUCUGACCGGUAAGUUUGUGCACAUAUGGACAACCGCGUGUACAUGCCAAAGAGAUGGUUUAUUUAUCCCUCAUUGGAAUGUCACCAGCAAGCAGUCCAACAGGUUAUUGAGAGAAAGAAAUUUCUGUCGGCCAAGAACGUGCUGUAGUCCCCCUUCAUGGUUGUAAUGACUUGACUAGUCGAACGCAGUCUGUCGAAAAGCUUCCGGCGGAAAGUGGCACACAUUAGCUUCGCUGGGCCUCUUGAUACGGAGACCUUAAUCCUACGAUCACCAAUGUCAUGAGUUUCGGCGAGAUCACCUAUCUCCACCGCAGACCGUGAAAACAACCCCGUCAGUUGGCUAAGAAGUCUCUUUAAUACCACCCGCGAAUGGCUGGCCCGGUAACUGCAGUACGAAAAAGGUCAGAGGGUGGUUUAGCUGCCGCUGGACGAUUAAAUGUGCCCUUUAUGGAAUCGCACACUGUGGUCGCAUUUCUUUGGAUGUUGUGCUCUUCCUAAAUGGGAACGCCUUUACUAGGCGACUGUUUGUCCUUCUCACAAAAUACACUUAUCGUAAAUGUUAUCCAGCGUCCAAGAAUAAAUGAGUAGAAAGCUGACCUUAACUGUGCAUUAUCGACUUCCCUUUGGAGACACUUCCUGGCCAAUACUUCAUUUGGACAAGGAUGAAGGUCCUCGGAUAGACUAUAAACAACCGAAGAAAGAGGAAAUUUGUCUUCAGUACAUAUGUCUGACUGUCUGUCCACAGCUGGGUAGAAACGCUGGCUAAAAGACGAAAACACGAUCUUAAGGCAGCCUUUCAUUCCCCACCGGAACGACAGGUGCAAUUUCCGCGAGGAUUUCUCUUAUGAGCCCCGGCCCUCUCCACUAAUGCAGGUGGCCUUGCUCCAAAUAUUGCGGUAUAUUCUGACGGCGAUUGGAUUUGACUCCAUGUGCUAAAAACCGGUCUUCGAAGGUAAAUUUCAUCCGAUGAACAAGGCCUUCCUAUCAUUACCUAGACGUGAUUUUCAAAAAAUCCUCCAGAACGAUAUAGAAUUCAAAAUGGAUUUUUCAAAAUGAAUAACCGCAUAUUAAAACAGUCGACCACAGAAGGCAACGCCGGAGUUUUUCCAUUGUGCUCGAAACGCUUUCAAAAACAGACGAGAUUUAUAAGUAUGUUUGACUCCUUAUGACAAGCCUUCCGGGGUCUCUGAAGACAGCGUCUUUGACCUCAGUGCAUGAAACCCCUGUUGUACCUCCUGCUUUCUUUUCGGAUCAUAAUCCUCCCGGCGUAAUCAACACCAAAAAUCCAUUGGAAAAAGUCGGCAAAAUGGUCGAUGAACAUGAGGUUCCCGUCUGACGAAAUUGGAAUUAUAUUAUGUGAUUGAGAAACUGGUAAUGUUGAUGGCCAAAACGAAGGCGUUCUCCUCACACUUAUAAUUCAGACUCCGCCCGAUUUUCCCGACAAAAAGCAAUCCCGCUUGGGAAAACGAACUGCAGUUUUGAGAAAAUUGCGCGUUUUCCACCCCGUCACUUCGUGUGAGUGGGAGUGAUAUCUUGCAGUAUCCAGUUGGAUGCGCACAAGAGGCCCUGCCAGAGAAUGUUUGUUACGGCCAAAAACAUAGUUGGCAGAAUGAUACUACCGACAAAGACAAGGGAGACUGAAAUGGCCAUUUCUGGCUCAUUAGCCGUAACGCGAGCUGUAUGCGUCCCUCUACCAUAGUUGGUAUUGUCAAACCGCGAUUACCGAUCGCAUUACAUGCCGAAGGCUCAUUGGUGGCAGCUAGCCUUUUCGGGACUGUAACGCAUCCAGAAGUGGCUUACAGAUUCUGAUCCUCUUUUCGCGAAGCUCUGGCCCACAAUACAAUUUAAAUCAGUCGAAGGGAAUUGAUUCAGCCGAUCUAUAACUUAUACGAGUGCAAGUCUUGAAAGUAAUCGCCGGGUAUGCCUUUGAAAACGAAUGCAAUUUGUUGAAUGGAGUAUUUUGUGCCCAUAGUAUCGCAUUUCUGAUCUCAGCAGUCCGAAAUAAAGGAAUCUUGUGCUAAAAUUGCGGUCGAAAACAGCUUUGGCACGGUACGCAAUCAUGACACCGUUAAAACUGUGUAGUGCAAAUCGGUCUUAGACUGAUCGCAGGUGCGACAAGUUCGACCCUGAUACGAUAUAACACAUUCUAUUGCGGUUGGUCUGUUGUCUAUGCGUACACUGAAGCAGGAUUACCAUCUGGUGUGCAAUUAAAUCUAAGGCAUCUGAAGAAGGCCUUUCAGUUUUGUUGGACAUCAAAGUGGCAGUCAAGAACAGCUCUGUGAAAAUGAAUAUUCAAAGAAGUAUAUGAAAAAGAAGUAGAAUUAAUAGGAAGGAAGGCUCUUAGGUAGAGCGGGCUAAAUACUGAAUGCAUUCUAGACGAACCGUAUCUCCACACGACAUACGAAACCCUUUUAUUUGACCAAAGAAUGGGCCUAGAGCACAUCAGAAAACUACUGAAACUAACAAGACGUUUUUGAAUGUAGGAGAUGAUACUGAGUAUUAUACUUUUAGAAUAUCUGCGUUCCCCUUUCCAAAACUGGUGUGGACACGAGGCCUUGACUUAGUGGGUGGACCAUUUAAUGAAAAAACCUCCCUGUAGUGAUUUAGUAUUGUAAGAAUUUUGAAAAGAAAUACUCAAAAAUCGUAUUAUAAGCCGAGUUUGCUGCAUCAUAUCGAAUCCGCGAACUUAUAGGUUACGCGCGGACAUUUUUACCAUAUGAAUAUUUUAACAUGAUAUCUGGCGGAUACUUUACAUCGUGUAAGUUCCCAGAUCCGUUUAUGCGCAGCACAUGUUGGGCUGAUAGAUCUUGAAGUUGAGUAUGGAUAUCGUCCAAAAUAGUUUGAUAGCAAGGAUGUCGAGUAGGUUAACUGAAUAAAUCAGUCUCUACUGUUGCUGACAAACUCAUGCUUUAGUCACAAAAAAGUGUUUCAUUAGAAGUGAAGGGGCGAGUUCUAGGAAGCCGUUUAAAAGAAUGAGGUGCGAUCGCAAGAAAAGACGCCUUUUCGCCUGGCGUUUUAGAUCUUUACUUAAAUCCAUCAUCAGGAACGGUCGCAGAUGCAUUUGAUGGGCGCACAAAGGACGCACUAUUUACCGGUGCAUUGAGACGCACCGCAGUGGACCAGAAGUUAAAGUCAACGAAUUUCAAUGCCUUUGACGCGUGCUUUGAGCAAAUGGCUGCCCGUGGGACCUGUACAACAGGUGUAUGAGCAAACAAGAGGGGGAACGAGGCCACGCCAACCCCAAGUUAUUGCAAUCCUUGUAUGUAUGUAUGUAUUGGGGAUGUGGCAGACGUUGUCGGAAAUGCGCACCCAUAAUAAAUGCCAACAUUGGGGAGUCGUGACACGUCAAGGUGCAACCCCAUGCCGCGCCCGUUGGGAUCCGAGCCGGCCCCCUAUUCUCUUUUUAUGUACAAUUCUGGCCGGUGUACGAUGUGAACCAGGUGUGGUACGACUAGGCGCGGGUCUUCGACGUGCCAGCCAUCUGCGUCCGCCCACGCCUCCAGUCUUCUUGACUCUGUUUUAAUAUGGAGUACAGGCGGUGAAUGAGGAGAGAGUGUGGUAGAUGCUGUGUAAGCCAACUAUCACAUUAAACUAACGCGUGCAAAUCAGCGUUCCUGCUCCCACCCUGCUUUGCAGCACACAGUGGACAUCUUCGUUCACGACGGUCAAAGUGUCAUGUUUAUAACGUCUCGGGGACUAUCAGCCGCCUUAGCACACCACAUGGAUUUGGAGUUGUUCACAAACCGAUGACAACGGCCAGGCGCCACGUAAUGAGGCAGAGGGAUCUACUGUUCACACAGGUAACGUCGAAUCCUUUACCGGAUCUGGUUCAUCUGAGGGCGAAGCAACUACGUCGGAUGAACGGGGAAAUUGCUCUAAACGCGACUAGCCGGACUUGCAUUGAAAGUGAGAAUAAACUACAUCAGUUCUCAGUGUUAAGAGAGACCGGCCUAACCGACUCAUUCGCAUGCCGCUCUAUCGACGCGCGCACAUGAUGUCCUAUCGAUCCGCCCACACGGCGUGGGCAUGUUGAGAUCGCGCCGGCUACCGACAGGUUUGGAGGGGCGUCUAGCCUCUCAGCAGACCAGUCCACAUUCUAACGGGUCAUGGGCAUGGUCUGAAUGGCUCAAUUGCAGGCCCCCCUUGGACAUGCUGUAUCUAUUCUUUAUCAUCAGAUGUUGCUGUUAGGAACUCAGGAAUAGACGCGUGUUCUUCGCCCUUACUGUUGAGUUCUUUCUUGCGGAUUCGAUUGCGAAGAGUGGUAAACGGGAUCAUCAGCCAAGCGUUACGGCUAUAACCUAACACUCAGGUCGCAGUCUUUCGGGCGGACCCGGUCACACCUUCAAGUUCGACGGGGCCAAAACUUCCGCUAACGCGGAUGCUCGUUUGGGCCGCGAGUUGCAUGAAUCGUGGCUCUCUGGUCCACAGUCAAUUAACAGCCAUUAACAUUCCUCUCCGCAUUCAACGCUGAAACUGGCUGAGCAGAGAGAGGGCGCGGACGAACACCGCCCCCGGUGGUAAUAUCAGCAGGCCAAAUAGCCGAGUCGAUAUCAUGCCACUAACCAACAGAAAGUUACCUCAAUUAAUGGUCGGAAGCGUAUAUGUGCACCUUUCCCCUGAAUUAUGGCGCAGAACCACCCCUAAUAGGGAAGCAGAGUUAGUAAGGCUUUUACGGAUGUGUCAGCUUGGGAGGGGAAUCGUGAAAUCCUUAAAGACUUAAAAGAGGAGCAAAUCGCAUCUACACCGUAUGCUUCUUUUAACAUAUUAAUGGAAAAUAAGUAGGCGCUGUUUUGGAAGAUAGAUCGUGGGGGUACAAAUAUCCGUCCCCGAAGCAAGUAACGACUAGGACAUGGACGAGCAAGCAAUAAUGACGCCAAUCGCAACCAUCGAAGUUAAAUGCGGGGGCUCUAAUUAUUGUAGAUAUGUGGUGACAUGGCAACUGCAUCCUAUAGCAAGUGCGUCCUUUGUGUGCCCAUCAUCCUUGUAUGCGACUGUGUUGCGUUCCAGCCAGAAUCUGAAUAGUCAGACAAAUAGACAUCUUACAGAAGAUUUUCUUUGUCGUCAUUUCUAGGCCCAUGAAUUAUUAGAUUACUCCAUGCUCAUCUCAAAAAAACUAGGUGCUUAUAAAUAAACCUUUGUAUGUACGGUUCAUGUGCAUACUAGACUGUUGGGUUUGUCCUAUAUAUGCAAGCUUGGUUAUUCCAUCCCUUUAGACGCAUCGUACUCUCGGAUGACGAAGAAAACGAGGGCUGUUCUUCGGUCCCCUCAGAAACCAAAGACCACCCGUCCUCCCCCUUCCCUAAUACGCCUCCUGGAGACACUGUAUGGACCAGUCCGGACGAGGUAGACGACCGAGUGGAUCCGGUCCGAACUGAGAUCAACGAAAAAAGACCAACUGACCCCCCUGGUUCUGUAGAAGGUUCUGCGCUGAAUUCGUACAACGCUGAAGCCCUGGUAACCAGUCCCGGAGACAAACAAAAGUGGUCACCUCAAAAGCGCCCGUUAGACUAUUCGACUUUAGAAACUAAAUGUCCAUCGCCCGUGAGUACUACCGCUCUGAAAACUCUCGGCCUCACUUACGGGCCUGACUUGUUCUUGGAAUGGCUCCGGAGUAGUAGUCCCAAUAAUCUGCCAUUUACGCCCUUUAGACCUAAAGCAGAGAUACCAAAACCCCGCACCGUUAACUCUUCCACCGCGCCCCUGCUCAACGGAAAAGCCACAGAGACCUCAAGACUGUCUCUGCCAUUACCACUGUCAUCUCCUUUUUCUCUUCCUACUCCUCCUCCACCACUACCACCACCUCCUCCUCCUCCUCUAGUGGACUUUAAGCAUAACCCCCUCAGACCAUACCUUUCCGAGUGGUUUGCUCAGGCAUCGAAAACUCUGGCAACCCUCAUCCUCCGUCCAGGCCACCAAGAAAUUCCCGAUCCGCGCGAGCUUUUCAACCUGAGCAUGGAAACACCAUGUUGCGAAGACCUGUCACCCACGUGGCUUCCGAAACGGCCAUCAGCAGGUCUGCAGUCUGACGUCAUGUCUAGUUCACUGGCUUCCCUCCUGCCUUCGCCACGGUUUCCGAAUGGGGAAUCUCCAAAUCACUGGCCCUUUAAAUUUGCCAGUUCUGAUACCUUUGCACUCGCAAAAAGCGAAGCUAAUGAACGGACCUGA